AUUAAUUCUAAUAAUCUGAGAACAAAUUGAAUCUUAUCAAAAUCGACACCGGAUCGAACAGCGGAAGCUUCGCCGGUCGCCGGAAUUUAAGGUAAAGAGUUAAUUGAGUGAUAUAUCGGUUGAAAAGAAAUCGGAGAUGGGGUUUUUGGUGACUUCUCUAAUAUUCCUAGUGGUUGGGGUUAUUGCAUCACUCUGCGCCAGAAUCUGCUUCAACAGAGGCCCCUCUGCAAAUCUGUUACACCUGACAUUGAUUAUUACAGCGACGGUGUGCUGUUGGAUGAUGUGGGCAAUUGUGUACUUGGCACAGAUGAAUCCUCUCAUCGUUCCCAUUUUGAACGAUGCGGAAUGAUAUGAGAAGCAUAUUGCAAAGCUACGUUGUUUGAGUGUGGAUGGAGAAUCGAAAGAACAAUGAAUAACAUUUUCAUUUUUGGGGUAUAUUACGAUACCCAAAAUCGUUUGUGUAUGUAUUUUUUAUGAACGGAGAACCACUUUCAAAUUUAUAUUCAUUAUCGAAUUGAGUUCCAUUUUGUGUUGUAAAAUUAUUUUAUUGUUCUCCUCGUCACUUUUGAAGGAUGACAUCUUAGUUUGUGUACGUUUUGGAAGUGAAUAAACAUCGUUUGUAUCUUUGCCUGGACAAAUACAUUACGGUACGAUA